CAGUUCAUUCGUUUUCUGCACUCGACCGCACGAUCAUUCGCAGCUCCUGAAGCGGCUUCGACUAAUGAUCUCUCUUGAUGUAUUAGGUUAAGAUUAUUAUUAGUGGAAUAAUCUCAUGGAUAAUAUGCUGGCCUUAUUAAUUCAACGUUAAAGAAAAAUUUAACACGAAAGACAGAAAUUAAUAUCAAUAUAAUAACUACACAUGAAUACAAUCGUCCAUUGUGCUGCUAAUCGUAGUUCUAGAAUCAUGGCUGCUAAAAAGCUUAUUUAUCCUGCAGCCGAUCGCAAUAAGGAACCAAUACUAUCGGUUUUCCGGCAAUAUAUUCAACCCGGUUCGGAUCAAAUAUUUUUGGAAAUUGCAUCUGGUUCUGGACAACACGUAGCUCAUUUUGCUCCCCAUUUUCCUCAUAUUACAUUUUAUCCUUCAGAAUGUGAACUCAGAUUGUUAGAAAGUAUUGCUGUAUAUGCAAACGGAUUUGCAAAUAUAAAACAUCCUUUAAAGAUAGAUAUUACUACAGAUUUUCAUACGUGGAGCAAUGGAAUUUUUAAAAAAUCUAGUAUUGAUUAUAUAUACAAUGCGAAUAUGAUGCAUAUUUCACCAUAUGAAUGUUCCAUCGGAUUAUUUGAAAAUGCAGGUAAAUUGCUAAAAGACAAUGGUUUUAUGUUUACAUAUGGACCUUAUGCUAUGGAUGGGAAAAUAACACCAGAAAGUAAUGUUAAUUUCAAUAAAUCUUUAAAGUUUCAAGAUCCAAGUUGGGGUCUCAGAGAUAUUAAAGAUUUAACAGAAUUGGCAGACAAAAAUGGUAUCAAACUAAUAAACAUUGUUGACAUGCCUGCUAAUAAUAAAACUAUCAUAUGGAAAAAAAUUAUCUAAUAAAGUUAAUUUAAUGUGUAUAAUACUAUCUUAUUUAGUUUUGAGACUUUUGCUGUCCGGUAUAUUAUAGUUAAUGCUAUUCAAGUACUGUAUUAACUUCAACUAUCUUAAUUAAUAUUUUAAUACUUAAUACCAUUUGUACGAAAUAAUCCCUGAGUAUAAUAAAUCUAUAACAACGCUCUUAUUCAAAUUUCUGUUCAUCCCAUACAAUUUUCAACAAUUAAAAAAGUUUAUAUUUUCAA